AUGCUGUCUCACGCCGACCUCCUGGACGCCAGGCUAGGUAUGAAAGAUGCCGCUGAGCUUCUGGGCCACCGGGAGGCGGUGAAGUGUAGGCUGGGCGUGGGGGGCUCCGACCCUGGGGGCCAUCCGGGGGACCUAGCGCCCAACUCCGACCCAGUCGAGGGAGCGACUCUGCUGCCCGGGGAGGACAUCACUACAGUGGGCUCUACGCCGGCCUCGCUGGCGGUGAGCGCAAAGGACCCGGACAAACAGCCGGGGCCCCAAGGCGGCCCGAACCCCAGCCAAGCCGGCCAGCAGCAGGGCCAACAGAAGCAGAAGCGGCACCGGACGCGCUUCACGCCGGCUCAGCUCAACGAGUUGGAGAGGAGCUUCGCGAAGACUCACUACCCCGACAUCUUUAUGCGCGAGGAGCUGGCGCUGCGUAUCGGGCUGACCGAGUCCCGAGUGCAGGUCUGGUUCCAGAACCGGCGCGCUAAGUGGAAGAAGCGCAAGAAGACCACCAACGUGUUCCGCGCGCCGGGGACGCUGCUGCCCACGCCAGGCCUGCCUCAGUUUCCGUCAGCCGCCGCCGCGGCCGCCGCCGCCAUGGGCGACAGCCUGUGCUCCUUCCACGCCAACGACACCCGCUGGGCGGCGGCCGCCAUGCCGGGCGUGUCACAGCUCCCGCUGCCGCCGGCUCUGGGCAGGCAGCAAGCCAUGGCUCAGUCGCUGUCCCAGUGCAGCCUGGCGGCCGGGCCGCCGCCCAACUCCAUGGGCCUAUCCAACAGCCUGGCGGGCUCCAACGGCGCGGGGCUGCAGUCGCAUCUUUACCAGCCCGCAUUCCCCGGCAUGGUGCCCGCCUCCCUCCCCGGCCCCAGCAACGUCUCCGGCUCGCCCCAGCUCUGCAGCUCCCCGGACAGCAGCGACGUGUGGCGGGGCACAAGCAUCGCCUCCCUCCGCCGCAAGGCGCUAGAGCACACAGUCUCCAUGAGCUUCACUUAA